AUGACGAUAAUAUUCUAUUCGAGUCUUUUUUAUUUAAUAUAUUUUUUAAAUAAAACUAUUGGAUUAUCAUAUACUGAUUAUGAUGGCAAAAUCGAAUGUUCUGUAAGAAUUGAAACAGAUAAUGGUUUUGAAACAUGUUUUAAUAAUGAAUGUUCGAACUAUAAGGAUCCAUGGAGAAUUGUUGACACUUAUUCAGAUAAUCAACGGUGUUAUUUACAUUAUCUUAAAUUAUCUUUUUCAAAUUAUGAUCAAUUGAUUGUAUUUAUUGAAUUACAAACAACAAAUAAUAAUUCACUUGAAAAUUUCUUUGCUCCUGAUCAAGAUUCACAACGGUGUUUUCUUGAGAUUGAAAUCGAUCAUAUUUAUCCAUUUAAUAGUCAUUAUUUUCUUCGUCAAGAUAUACUUAAUAAAUUAGGUGGUAUCCAAGGACGAAUUCAUAUAUUACAACUAAAAAUAAAACAUUGGUAUAGAUCAAUACGAUCAGUUAUUCAAUUUGUUGAAAAUGAUAUGAUUCAAAGACAGCCUUUUCAACAAAUAAUUAUUUCAUAUCCAUGUAACAUUCUACAAACAAGAACACAAUUAAUUUUAAUUAAAUAUUUGAAAUAUCAAGAACAAUCAACCUGCCCAACGCAGAUUAAAAUAAUGUCAGAUAAAGAUAAAUUUAAUUCAAAUUAUGAGAAAAUUAAAUUUCAAGAAAAUGAAUCAAUAGAAAUUCAUAAAACUGAAAAUAUAUCAGUUAACAAACCUAACAUAAUAUUUGAUUCAUUCAAUCAAUCUUUUUCUGGUUAUAAUACAAAGGAAAAUUUUAAUGAAACGAAUACAUUCGCUAAGAUUGUUAUUGUAUUUAUUAUAAUAGUUUUGAUUAUUGUUUUUUCAAUAUAUCAUUUUUUCUAUGCACCUCCUUUAUCUUCUAAAACAUAA